AUGGAUUCAGAACACAUAAGUACACCUCGAUACAAAUGCUGCAUCCUGCAGUCAGUUACCAAUACAUUUGCUUUGGGUGACAUUGCAUUGCCUUCUUGGACUUAUUGCUGCCAGGUUUCAGCUUUUACUUUGUUGAGGAGAUGCAAAUUUGUUAUACUUAUGGUUCUAAUUAUUGCCAUGUUUAUAACUACUUGGACAAUUACUAUACAAACUUUUAUUUUUAUUGCUUCUUCCACUGUAUUUAUCCAAUCAGGAACUUUUGAGAGUGGAGAGAGUGUAACUAACUAUAAGAAUGAAAACCACUUCAUCUUAUCAAGGCUGCUGAAGACAUCAAUUAUGAACCAAGCAAUGGCCACCCUGGCUCAAGCUCCUUAUACCAUGUCCAUGAAUAGAAUUCCUCAGGUUCAUUUGAAAAGCCUGCAAUUGUUAAAGGCCUCAAAGGUGCCACAUGUGCUCGCCUUCUGUCGUACUCACAUACACAUCAGACAGUCCCCUUUUUGCUGCUCAAAGUUUUCUCAGUGGGAACCUUCACCUGUGACAUAUGCUCCAACUGAAAAAUCUGGUGAUAACUUCUUGGAAAGAUCAUCUGAAUUAUUUGAAACUCUGCAUUCUGACAACAGAGAUGAGGCUUCAGCAACUGAUGCUGAAGAUCUCACAGAUACAACCAAUCAACCAGUGGUGCAGCUUCAGUUUCUUAAAUGGCCAAUGUGGCUGCUGGGCCCUUCUCUUCUCCUCAGCACGGGCAUGGUACCCACUCUGUGGUUGCCAAUAACCACCAUAUUCCUUGGCCCAAAUGUGGUCAGCCUUCUUUCCUUGAUUGGACUUGAUUGCAUCUUCAAUCUGGGUGCAACCCUUUUUCUCCUCAUGGCAGAUUAUUGUGCUCGGCCAAAGAACCUGAGACAAGCUUCCAUGAGCAAGCCUCCUUUCAGUUACCAGUUCUGGAAUAUAAUUGCAACUUUGACCGGACUUGUGAUCCCCUUGAUGAUACUGUUUGGAUCCCAAAAGGGCUACCUCCAACCUCAGCUGACUUUCAUCCCAUAUGCAGUUCUAUUGGGUCCCUACGUUCUGCUUCUGUCAGUACAGAUGCUGACUGAGAUGUUGACAUGGCAUUGGCAGUCACCAGUUUGGUUGGUGACCCCAGUCGUGUACGAGGCUUACCGCGUGUUGCAGCUGAUGAGGGGUUUGAAACUUGGGGCUGAACUCAGUGCACCAGCAUGGAUGAUGCACACUAUCAGGGGCCUGGUCUGUUGGUGGGUUCUGAUUCUUGGUGUGCAACUCAUGAGGGUUGCUUGGUUUGCUGGUUUUACUGCUCGAGCUCGUCAACAGCAGUCCUCUGCUUCUGCCGAUGCCUAAUAUAAUAGCCACUGGUAUGUUAAAGCUGAAAAAAGAAUUGUGGCUUAAUAAACAGAUGUAUGAGUAUAAAAAUCAGAUAAAAGAUCUCUACACGUCUUUUUAUAGUACCUUUCUUACUAAGCUAGUCAACAUACGUGUGAGAAAUGUUAUUUACAUUGAAUAGCUUAUAGAAAUGUUUAUUUAUUUGAAUGUCACAAAUGAUGGCGCAGAGGUUUCAAUAGGGUUUGACAGAAGAUGUAAGUCGCCAACCAUUUGUAUGCGACACAUUUGAUAGAUGGAGGUGAAAAUUAAUAUGUUCUGGUAUGUUUGAAACUUGAAAUGAGUGUAUUUGGGGUCUCAGGUGGCUUGAAUAUAGGAUAUGAUAAGCUUGGUUAUGUUUGAAUGCCUUUGUUUGACAACAGAAAAGGCAGGAAUUUUGUGGGAGAGAUUCGAUCUUGAAAUGACGAGAGGAAACAUUGUGUUAAUAGAAUCUUGCCUAAAUAUCAUGUUAUCUUGUGAUUUGAUAAUUGUAAAAUUAUAAUAAAAA